ACUGAAUUGGUGUCACUGGGGAUGUCAGUGACACCAAUGCUAAUAAAAAGCACAGACAAUGUACUAAUGGCACUGGGCAGGAAGGGGUUAACAUGUGGGGUGAUCAAUCAAAGGGUUAACUGUGUGCUGUUUUACUAUGUGUACUGUGUGUGUGUUUCACUGUAAGCACACUGCUUUGUAUGGUUCGGCUAUGCAGAGCCAUAAAAGAAGUGUGCAGAAGCUGACAGGGGAGAGAACUGUAUUAUUUAUAUACAGGUGUCUUCCCUGUCGGAAAUCCUCG